AAGGUGUAAAGAGUCAUGUCAGUCAUGCAUCCGAGAAUCUUCCUUAACGUUUGCUUCCUGCUAGUGCUAGGAUAUGAAAUCGAAGCCAGCUGGGAAGAAUGGUGGACAUACGACGGAAUUUCAGGGCCCGCCUUCUGGGGACUAAUCAACCCACAGUGGAACAUGUGCAACAAGGGGCGCCGCCAGUCACCGAUUAAUGUGGAACCGGAGAAGCUACUAUUUGAUCCUUACCUUCGAUCACUACACAUCGACAAGCACAAGAUAUCGGGCACGCUGCACAAUACCGGCCAAUCGUUGGUCUUCCGGGUGGAGAAGGACACCAAACAGCAUGUAAAUAUUUCCAGCGGCCCACUCGCCUACCGGUACCAGUUCGAGGAAAUCUACUUCCACUACGGUACGGACAACAAUCAGGGUUCGGAGCAUCACAUCCACGGGUACAGCUUCCCCGGCGAGAUUCAGCUGUACGGUUUCAACAAGGAGCUGUACCACAACAUGUCCGAGGCACAGCACAAGGCCCAGGGCAUCGUCGGCAUUUCGCUAAUGCUGCAGAUUGGCGAUACGCCUAAUCCGGAGCUGCGGAUAAUUACCAGCGCCUUCAAUAAAGUCCUGUACAAAGGAUCUUCCACGCCGAUCCGGCACAUCUCGUUGCGUUCGCUGCUGCCGAACACGGAACAGUACAUGACGUACGAGGGUUCGACCACACAUCCCGGCUGCUGGGAAAGCACGGUUUGGAUUAUCCUCAAUAAGCCCAUCUACAUCACCAAGCAGGAGCUGUACGCGCUGCGAAAGCUGAUGCAGGGCUCGGAGCAAACGCCCAAAGCACCGCUGGGCAACAAUGCACGGCCGCUUCAAGCAUUGCAUCACCGUACCGUGCGGACCAACAUCGACUUUGCCAACACGGGCGUAAGCAAGACGCAAAGCUGCCCAACGAUGUACAAAGAUAUGUACUACAAGGCGAACCGAUGGACGUCCGAGAUAUCGGCCCGUGGCCGCGAACGAGGGCUUCCCGACAUAGAGAGUGUGUUUCAUUCGCUUCCAUAGUGGCACCAGAGUUCGUCGUU